AGGGGAUGACCAGAGACUGCAGACAUAGUACAGGGAAUGACCAGAGACUGCAGACAUAGUACAGGGAAUGACCAGAGACUGCAGACAUAGUACAGGGAAUGACCAGAGACUGCAGACAUAGUACAGGGAAUGACCAGAGACUGCAGACAUAGUACAGGGAAUGACCAGAGACUGCAGACAUAGUACAGGGAAUGACCAGAGACUGCAGACAUAGUACAGGAGAUGACCAGAGACUGCAGACAUAGUACAGGAGAUGACCAGAGACUGCGGACACAGUACAGGGAAUUACCAGAGACUGCGGACAUAGUACAGGGAAUGACCAGAGACUGCAGACAUAGUACAGGGAAUGACCAGAGACUGCGGACAGUACAGGGAAUGACCAGAGACUGCGGACAUAGUACAGGGAAUGACCAGAGACUGUGGACAUAGUACAGGGAAUGACCAGAGUCUGCGGACAUAGUACAGG